CCCUGGCGAUCCAUCUCCCAUUCUCUCCACUCCGCUGCUGCUUCCGACCGGUCGGUGAGCGAGGUGCGGCGCGGAUGGAGGCGGGGAGGGACCACGGCGCCAAGCGCAUGCGCGCCGCCAUGAGCAACGAGGUGGGCACGACGAGCCAGGGGAGCGCCGGCGGGGGCGUGGCGGCGUCCUCCGGACUCGCCGCCAUGACCGCGGCCGCGACGGAGACGGAGGAGGGGGAGGAGAUGGCCGUGGUUGCGGCGGAGGCGGAGGAGCAGAUGGGGUCGGCGGAGACGGAGGACCACAUCCAGCGCAUCCUUGCCGCCAUCGACAACUACACCCGCCAGGUGUCGGAGAUGCUGGAUGCUGGGCGCGCGCUGUUCAAGGACCUCGCCGCCGACUUCGAGGAGCGCCUCUGCUCGAUCCACAGGGAGAGGUUGGAGCGGUGGGAGGAGGAGAUCCGUGAGCUGCGCGCCCGUGACGCCGCCAACGAGCAGGCCCGCGCCCUCCUCCACAACGCCCAGCUGCACCUCCUGCACACCGUCCGCGACUAGCCGAGGUCUCCGUCGCUUUCCAUUUCGACCCCCCCUGCUUCAGCUGCUCCGUUCCGUUCCAUCUCAUACUAGGCGAGGAUGCUGUGUGGAGGUUUUGGUUCAUGUAGCAACUUACCUGC